ACUUGGUAGUCAACUGGUCAGGUCAAGGAUUGCAAAAACUGGGUCCAACCUUACCCUGUGAUGCUGAUACUCACACUCUGAUUCUGGACAAAAACCAGAUAAUUAAACUGGAACACUUGGAGAAAUGCAGGAAUCUGAUGCAGCUCUCUGUAGCCAGCAAUCGUUUGGUGCGAAUGAUGGGUGUAGCAAAACUGACUAAGCUCCGAGUGUUAAACUUGCCUCAUAAUAGUAUUGGGUAUGUGGAAGGGCUGAAGGAUUUGGUGCACCUGGAAUGGCUGAACUUGGCAGGAAAUAACCUUAAGGCCAUUGAACAAAUCAAUUCCUGUCUCUCUCUUCAGCAUCUUGAUUUGUCAGACAAUAACAUAGCUCAAUUAGGUGAUCUCUCCAAACUUACAUCGCUGAAGACUCUGUUGCUGCAUGGAAAUAUUAUAACUUCACUUCGCACUGCCCCUGUUUGCCUACCUCAGAAUCUGACUGUUUUUUCUUUGGCAGAAAAUGAAAUCAGAGACUUAAAUGAGGUUUCUUUCCUGGCCUCUCUUCGUCAAUUGGAACAGUUGUCAAUUAUGAACAAUCCCUGUGUGAUGGCCACACCUUCUAUCCCUGGCUUUGACUACAGGCCGUAUAUAGUCAGCUGGUGUCUGAACCUUAAAGUUCUUGACGGAUACGUGAUUUCUCAGAAGGAAAGUUUGAAAGCAGAAUGGCUCUACAGUCAAGGUAAAGGAAGAUCAUACCGACCUGGGCAGCACGUUCAGCUAGUCCAGUACUUGGCUACUGUUUGUCCUCUUAUAUCUAUGUACGGUCUCCAGACUGAAGAGGAUGCCAAACUGGAAAAAAUACUGAGCAAGCAAAGGCUUCACCAGAGGCAGCUGAUGCAUCAAAACCAGAAUGAAGGACCACCUACAUCUUCUACUCCCAACAAAACACUGCCAGUUACUUACGAACACAGCAGUCCAGCCCAGCCACCACAGAUAGUUCUUGAAAGUGAACCUAUCAUCCAGAAGAAUUCUUGGGUUGGACCAAGUGCAAACGAUGAUCAUUCAUAUGCAGUGAAGAACACUUUUCUUGAAAGAAGUUUUCAGAAGGAGCUAUACCUUGAAGAUAUACAGACAGAUGAAGACAAACUAAACAGCAGCCUUUUAUCCUCAGAGUCUACUUUCAUGCCAGUUGCUUCGGGAUUGUCUCCAGUGUCUCCUACUUCAGACCUGAAGCUGCAUGGAAUCAGUUUGGGCCUAGAAGAUGAUGAUACAGUGAUCGAAUGUGUGAGAGAUGCUAGUAGCAGAGAAACAGCUAACAAGCAAGAAGUUUCAUGUGUUACAAGAGAGCACUCCAACAGUGCGGUGGGAAGUGUGGAAACUCAAGAGAAUAUCAAAGAGAGUGUGGUGUUGCCUUCUCCUGGUCCGGUAACAGCUAACCUGACUGCUAAUACUAGCAACGGUUCAGCAUCUUCUGAAGACAAAGUUCUGCAUAGUCACCCCAGCACCUCAGUAGGUGCUGAAUCGGGAGUUACAACUUUCUGUCCUGACCAGAUGGCAGGAGAAAGUUCUGAUUCAUUAGCUGUUGUCGAUCAAGGCACUGAUGAACUGCAAAGAAUGACAAAAGCAGCUACGAGGCUUCAAGCCUGUUGGAGAGGAUUUUACACAAGGAACUACCAUCCCCGAGCCAAGGAAGUGCGGUAUGAAAUUCGACUAAGCAGAAUGCAGGAGCAUAUCAUUUGCUUAACAGCUGAAAUAGAAAAACUAAGGAAAGAAAGAGAGGAAGAUAAGAUUCAGAGGCUUGUACAGGAGGAAGCUGUCAGAUUUCUUUGGAACCAGGUUAAAUCCCUUCAACAAUGGCAGCUUUCAGUGACACAAAAUUUAGGUGCCACUUGGCAACCUGGGAUACCUUCAGCCAGUACCUUCUGUCCAUCCGAACCACCUAUUCAAUCAUCCCCAUUUGAGCAAGAAACCCCACCAGAUGUUAGUUCUGCUUGGUUAGUUCCAGCUAGUGAUGUUCUUCAGGAAAAGUCUUUGUUGCAGUUUCCAGAUUCUGGUUUUCAUUCUUGCAUGUCUGAUCAGACUCACGCUGGUGACUUGUGUAGCUCUGAAAAGAGUUUAAUGGAAGGAACUGAGAGCUCUCUUUCAGUGGAAACUGUCAAGCAAUGUGGCAAUUAUUUUUCAGCAUAUUCCUCAGAUGUAGAGGACGGCCAUGGAGAAUGUGAGCAAAGUACAGAGAGCUCUGGUAAUGAGCAGGACAACAGACUAAUACAACAGUAUUUGAAAUCUGUUCAGCAACUGGAAGAGGCUGAUGAAGGGACCAGUUGCAAUGAGGAAACAGAGGGUAGCUGGCCACAAAUCCCUGUUUCAGCAGAAAACCAAGAUUCUUCGUUUGACACGAUCUCUCUAGAUCUCCCUCAAGAGACAUCUUCCCCUGCCCGAGGUGAAAUCAGUCAGACACCAGAAAGCUGCAAACUGAAUUCAGGAAUAGUAGAAGGGAAGCAAACAGACUGUGAUUCUUCAUUUCAGAUACUGCAUGUUGGGAUAGCUGUAUAG